GUUCAGGUCAUUAUUCUCUCUCUGCCGCUAUUCAGCCAGGGUCCCCGUUUGCUCAUUGUUAUUCUGCCCGAGUGAAUGAGGGAGGGAGAGAGAGGGUAUAGCCUAGCGAGGCAGAGAGUGAAAGAGAGGGUACAUUGUCAGAGAAAGGGAGAGAGACUGAGAGGUUCGGGUCCUGCGGUUCUAACGGUGGGGAGCGGCUGGGUUCAGUUGGUCCGGGGUGAUUUUACAGGCCGGGGUGUGCGCGUGAAGGCAUGUUGAUAAUCGGCUCAACAAUGAGGAGAGGUACAGAACGGCACCAAAAAUCUGACCCCGAUUCGUGGGUUUGUCUGCUGUUGUAAAGCCUAAGGCUCUUGACUUGAGGGAAACGGAGAGGACAGCACCUGUCUAACACACACACUCACACACACACACACUCACACACACACACACACACUCACACCACGGAUGAGAAGCAGCAUGUCACGCACUGAAGAGGUCAACAAGAUGACGGAAAAUGUGUAUAAGGGGAUUCUGGACCAGUUCAACCCCAGUCUCAAGAACUUUGUGACCAUGGGGAAACACUAUGAGAAAGCUUUGACUGGGGUGACACUGGCUGCCAAGGGGUACUUCGACGCUCUGGUGAAACUGGGAGAGCUGGCCAGCGACAGUCAGGGGUCCAAGGAACUGGGAGACACUCUGUUUCAGAUGGCGGAGGUUCACAGGCAGAUUCAGGUUCAACUGGAGGAUGUGUUGAAGCUCUUUCACUCCGAGUUGCUCACCCAGCUGGAACAGAAGCUGGAACUGGAUAUCAAAUACCUAACAGCCACGCUGAAGAAGUACCAGUCUGAGCGAAAGUCAAAGACUGAGUCUAUCGAACGCUGUCAGUCUCAGCUGAAGAAGCUUCGCAGGAAGAGUCAAGGCAGUCGCCACCCCAACAAGUAUGGAGACAGAGAGAUGCAGUACGUUGAGCUGAUGAGCCGUCGUCAGGGCGAGCUGGACACCCUGGUUGCCGUGGGCUACCGCUCGGCCCUGACUGAGGAGAGGAGGCGUUACUGUUUCCUGGUGGACAGACAGUGUGCCGUCAACAAGCUGCUCAUCAACUACCACUGCAAGGUGAGAGAGCUUCUGUCCCAGAAGCUGUCCCUCAUGGCAACUGUCCUGCUCCCAGCCCACGCGCUUGCCGGAGCGGGCGUUGAACCUGCUGCGCCACACUGCCCCACAGGGCCCCGGGGCUUCUGGGAUAGCGGAGCUCCUUCGCCACGCCAAACUGGGCACCGCCCAGCCAGAGCAGAGGUUGGUCUGUACAGGAAGUCCCUCCCCUGUCGAAUGGAGACUCCAGUGGUCGCUCCCUGCAGCAGCGUCCGCUCCCCCCCCUCCUCUCAGAGUGACUCCCCACCCCCUCAGCGCUCCCCUGGGCCCCAGACCUUCCGCCCCCUCCCCGCCUCCGGGGGCGCCACAGGGGGAGACACCCCCCAACACAGCAGCUCACCCAUCAGCGCUACAGCUAGCCCCCCUGCCAACAGCUCCACCAGUGCUAACGCUAGCCCGGCUACAUCCACCGCGACGUCCUCUGAGGUCUCAAGUCAGUCCCUGCAGAGCCCUCUGCUGCUGGCCACCAGCAUCUCCAACCUGUCCCCCAGUCUCAUCCCCUCCACAGUGCUCUCCCUCAGCCAGGUCUCCCCAGCCUCCCACAGCUCUCUGCACGGCCUCACCCUCCCUCUGUCCCAGAGCGCCCCUCACAGUCCUCCCCUGCCCCACAGUGCACCUCUCUCCAGGGCCAUGACCCCUGUGCUCUCCCCGCAACAGCACGGGGCCCUCGGCGGAGGUUACGCCCCGCCUCCAUCCCAUAAUGCCACGCUGAUGCAGAAGGAGGAGGGAGCCUGUAUGAACUAUGUGGUGGAAAGCAUGAACAUGGUUUGACAGAUGGAUGUGCUAAGGAACUGUGGUGAAUUAAGUGGAUGCUUUGCAUUACUUUAAGUAGGUCGGGGAAUCUGGCAACAGGUUAAAGGAUUGACGUGAAAAAAUUUAAGGGUCUCAGCGCUUGUCUUUGCGUUUCACCUGUGUCUUAUCAAUUCAUUUUAUAAACAGAUUGUUGACACCUAGCUAAUCUUAGUUGCAUGUUUACCAAUGGCAAACUACACAGAACCUACCAGAAGGAUGUGAAGGUCAAGAGUGAUGAUAAGAUUGUGUUUACGUUGAAAUGAAACUUAGGAAGUGAUGAAGAAUGUAUACGGGAAGUUGAAAAGUGUGUGAGCAAGUGUUAAUGGUAAACUAUAUGUACAAGAAGUCUUUUUCGUCUCUUACUCUAAGUUCUCUGUUGUCAUGUCUUUUAGUAAAUCGUUUUUGAGUUUGAAAAUAACGAUUUAAUAGAAAUGUGAAAAUCAGGAAUUUGAGAUGUUUUAGAUGUGUUUGUUUCGAUUUCCAAUUAUUUUAUAAUUUACUAUAUUUUAUAAUUUAUAAUACUGUAAUUAUUUUAUACAUUAAAAUGUUUUACCAGUGUAUUUACAUAUUGGCAAAGAAAUGAAACAAAAUUGUUCUUAUAUUUUGGUAACUUGUAGCAUUUCAUAAUAUUGCAUUCCAGUUUCAAAUGACAGCUGUUUUUCUAUUGGUAUUCUAACGGUUAAUAAAUAGGCUGAUUUGAAAAAGAAUGAUUGAUUAUAGUGAGAUCACAUGUAUAAUGUAAAAAGUGCUCAAAUAUGUGAACUUAUAUAACUUGCCUUAUAUUUUUCCUAACGUUGCACCUUUUGAAGGAGUCAAAACAUGCAAAUGUGGAAAACUGCCUUGUUAUUGUAGUCCUACUUUCCCAACCUAUGUUGGAAACAGACAAUUCUCUCAAGUCUACUGCAGUCAGUUCUGUUUUGAUUGUAAAUUUUAUGUUUUAAAAUCUUCAACUGGUGGUUUUACCAACAGUGGCUUCAUAUCAAGAACUGUCUCGUUGGGUUUGCAAGGGCUAACUUUCAAAACAGCUGAUAUGUUCUGUCCUGACAGCAAAUUCUUGAACAUACAAAUUAAGUCAUUGCUAGGUAUUGAAACAGGCCCGACUAUGUUAGCAAAUGUUAGUUUUAAGAGCUAUGAGAGGUUGAAAUUAACCAGUGCACUGUUCAAGAAUAAGACAACUUUGAUUUAGAAUGUGUUGAUGGUUGCAUGGCAUCUGUAAGCUCCCAAAGACGACGGUAUGAAAUAUCAAUGCUGAGUGUUCUUUGCCAGAUCUUGUAUUGAAUAGACUGAAUUGAUGGUCACAGUAACAUCAUUGUGAUGUUUUGGAAUCUUAACACGUUUCUGUAGAGCACUGACUUGUACACAAGGUCCUUACAUGCCAUCAUUGUAUUUUUUGUUUUCAGAAGAAAUUUAAUAAACAUUUUAA